AUGACGUCUUCGCAACAUAGAGGCAUCGAUUAUCUGAUGUUUGGCUAUUUCUUGAUGCAGAUUCCUACGACCUUGUUGUUUGACACCCAAGGAGUCUACCCGGAAUGGCUCUACCCAAGCUGGCUGAAGGCCGUUCGCAGCCACUACCUAGAAUCCUACAGAGACCCGUUCCUGGCUGACGCGUGGAAACACCCCUGGUACUUAUCCAUCUGUCUGGUGGAGCACUUCUUUGAAAUCCCAUUCUUCGUUUGGGCCACAGUCUGCUAUUAUUACGGAGCCAAGGCCAGACCACAGAUCAUCAUUCCAUCAAUACUCUACUGCUCACACACCAUAACAGUUGUUCUGAGUAUCUGGGCUAUGGCACUGGGUUCAGACUUUAGUCACGAAACGGCCCUGGCGCCCAGAAACACGGCGGAGCGGCUCAAGCUCUGCUCGGCGUACCUUCCAUUCUUCAUUGUACCGAUGAUUAACCUGAUCGACUCCAUCAGGUUGGCGUGGAAAGCGAAAUCUGAUUGA